AAAUUUUAACAAGAAAGAAGUACAACAGCAUUCGUUGGUCACUUCAGCGAAGGAAGUGCUCAAGUUUCCUUCGGAUUUGCAAGGAUUAAUGAGACAAGAGAAGGAAGUAAUGAAGGAGGAAAAGUCUUCCAAACCUAUCCUCUUAGAUAGGGUAAAAAUAAAUGGAAAGCAGACAAAAAGUUUAUCUAGACCAGAUAUCGAAAUCAAACCGAAAAAUAUAGCUAUGAAAAUGGCUUUGAAUGAUCGAAAACUAUAUAAAUUUGAAGAGCUACUUCGCAAUCAGGAAUCUUUCCAGUUAGAAUCUUUAGAAUCAUCUGAAGACAGCCAAUAUCAGAGCGAUUUCAGUUCAGAGGAUUCCUCUCUAGAAGCCAUUGAUUGGGAAGAAUUCAAAUAGAGAUAGUUUGAACCAAGCUGAAAAUAUUGAAGAGUUGCUUGAACCAAUAAGACUCAUUGAGAAGCUUGAGUCCUACUCUAGAGACCAAUUAUCAAAACUCUCUUAUCAUGAUAAACACAAGCUGCUUCAGGAGGUAAAUUUUUACUUGAAGAAUGGAGUCACUCCCGUUGAGAAGUAUUACGAGGAGCUUAAGUCUGUAUUCAAAAUUCCCUCAAAAUCAUUGAUUAAUUACGAUAAAAUUCAUUUCUACAAGCAGCUGAAAGCUGUCCGGAUUUCGCACUCGGAAUAUGUGAAGGAAAUCAAGAAGCAAAAUAAAAUUAUAACUGAAAGGUUAAUUAAAAAGACCAUCUCUAAUCUUGAAGAGGCCCUUGAGAAAGAAGCUUGCAGGAUUAUGUACAAAGAGCAACAAGCCAAGCAGAAGAUUGAAGAGCUGACCUUAGAUAAUUGCAAGUGCAAAGAGAUGCUAAAGGAUCAGGAGGAAGAGAUCACGAGGCUUAGGCAGCUGAAUAAGCUUGCAGUUGCCAAUUUUAACCCAGGAGUGAUAAGUGACCAAGAGAAGGAAGAUAUCCUCUUCAUGAUGAAAGCAAUUGAGGAAAUUGAUUCAAAGAGUUAUGAGCUCAAUCAGGAUUUGCUUAAGGGAUCGGACGAUUUUGCAAGGUCUCAGAUGGUUGACUCUAUUGAUAAGGCAUUUAAAUACAUCGGAUUACAGCCUCAGGCUUUAAAAAUUAAAAACGAUCCUUUGCUUAGAGAUGAGUUUCAGUUCUUCAACAGCAGUAUAGCUUUGAAACAGAAAGAUAAAGUAGACGUUGUAAUGAAUGAGGCAUCUUCCUACUACAAAGCCUGCAUUAGAUAUCUCAGAAAAACAAUUCAGGAGAAAAAUUCUGAAAUAAAAUCUUCAGCUGAAAUGAACAAUAUGUACAGACAAGAAAUCAUACAACUAGAGACUACUAAUAAAGAACAUUCCACAGAGAUCAUUAAUAUCACUUCUAAAAUAGAGGCUCUGAAGAUCAAGCACAGCAAUGAAGUUAAGCGGGACAAAGAGAGGAGCAAAACUGACAAAAAGGCUUUAAUAAAGUCAUUUCUGGAAUGGAAAGAAGUAGUUGAGGCUGAAAUUGGUAUUAAGGAGGCAAUUAUCCGCCGGCAGCAAAAGCAUAACUCCAAAAUGAGUGAGGAUGUGAAGAACCUGAAAGAGGUAAUCCAGAUCCCGAGAUAUCAUUUUAAGAACCUUGAAAAGCUCUCUUUUGAUGAAAUAAUGCAACAGAAGAAGAUGAUUGAGGAAGGAACUAUUCCUUCGAGACAAGAGAGUGGUAGCUCAAGGAGUCAUAAUGGACAAACUAGGCCAGAGAGUUUGAUAAAAAGCUCUAAGACUGUUUUAAAAGCAAAGAGAGCAGUUGGGACUCCUAAGAGAGGAUCAGUUCGUCAUCAAUUUCCGGUGAUAAGGAAAAAUACGUAUAAACUUUCACAGAGAAGGCAUUUGAUGAGGAAUGGGGUGUCUCCUGAGACUUACCACACAAUCACUCGCUCCGAAAUCCCCAGCAUCCUCCUAAAAUCCACUGAAACGCCCACUCACCACUCAAUCUUCACGACUCUAGACUCCCGAAGACCCAGUCCUCGCCCACACCCCUUAGAGCCCUCACUCAAAAGUUUCAGUAAGGGGUCUCUCUACUCACUCAUCAGGACGGCCAACGGCUGCAACCCUAAGAAGAAAUCUGUAGCUAGUAGAACUCUGCUGUAA